AUGCUACAAGAUCCUGGGAAAUUUUUAGAUAGUCUAAUAAAUUAUGAUAGGGAUAACAUACCAGACAGCAUCAUUGCAAAAAUCAAACCAUACAUUGAGUCAGAAAGUUUUCUGCCUGCGGCUGUCGCUAAAGUAAGCAAAGCAUGCACCAGUAUUUGUUUGUGGGUUAGAGCUAUGUACAAGUAUCAUCAUGUGGCUAAAACUGUUGCACCUUAUCGUCAAGCUCUACAGUCUUCUGAAUUAGAAUUAGCUGAAACUGAAAAGAUUCUUGCUGAAGCAAGAGAGCGAUUAAACGCUUGUGAAGAACGCAUUGCUAACUUGCAAGCUAAAUAUGAUGACUGUAUACGUAAACAACAUGAACUGGAGGAGAAAAGUCAACUCUUUAGUGAUGAUGACUAUUGGAUGAAUAUCGAAUUUUACUUGCUGGUGGUAUGCAUAAAGGUAAAGAACUUGCUAAUCCAGCACCAGAGUGGAUUUCAGAUCGUAUGUGGGGGGAAUGUACUGAAUCUUUCUUCUUUGCCUAAAUUCGCUAAUCUACCUGAAAGUAUAACACAGAAUCGUGAUGGAUUCAAAAAGAUUUUCGAUUCUUGUGAACCACACAGAAGUGAAAUCUCCGAGCCAUGGCAAACAGAUUUAGACAGUUUCCAACGGAUUUUAGUUCUACGUUGCCUUACAGCUGAUAAAGUAACUAAUGCAAUGCAAGACUUUGUAAGUCAUCAUUUAGGCCAAAGAUUUUUUGAACCACAAACUACUAGUCUGCAUCAAGUAUUCAAGGAUAGUUCACCGUCAGCUCCGUUAAUCUUCGUAUUUUCUCAGAAUGAUGUCUUCAUGCAUUUGUUCCUAUCCCUGGCAUUUUUCCAUAGUAUUUUGAUUGAACGUAAAAAAUUCGGCCCACUAGGAUUCAAUAUACCUUAUGAAUUUACAACUGGUGAUUUGAGAAUAUGUAUGGAUCAGUUGAUUAUGUUUUUAACUGAAUAUACCUACUACGCCUUACAAGCUGGACAUAUUAACUACGGUGGACGUAUAACGGAUGAUUGGGACAGGCGAUGUGCGAUGAGUAUAUUAGAUGAAUAUUACUUUCCGCGUGUUUUAGAAGACGAUUAUAGUUAUUCACCAUCUGGUAUAUUAUCACCAGCUACCCGGAAAUACAGAUCAUGCUCAGCGCUUGAAUUGAAACACUGCAAUAAGAACAACACUGUAGCUUUAUCCCAUUGGUUGAAUAGUCAACAGGCCCGCUUGACAACCUGA